AUGGAAUUUAAUGAAUUAUUAACUUCGACAUUUGAUCAACGUGGGGGUAUUGAUGAUAAUAAAACAAAUAUAGAUGUAGAUUUAAAAUCAACUUCUACCAUUAUUAUUCCGAAUGUCGGCAAUGGUUCUUAUCCGCCUACUAUGACACCAUCACCACCUCCUCCACCAAUUACUGGUGCUAGUACAUCAGAAGAAAUAGAAAUAAAAUCAAAUGUUGUUGUUAAUAUUAGCAACAUUGAAAAUGUCGAAGAAAAUGAUAAUGCAAAUUUUCGACCAAAAACUUUAGAAGAAUCUAUUGUCGAAAAAGUUCAUUCUUCUGCUUCAACAACCCCUAAUGAUUCACCAAAAACCUUAAUGAGCCAACAACAGGAACAACGACUUAUAAUUCCUUAUGUAUCACCUCCGCCAGCUCUUUCACCAGUCUUUUCAACAUUGUCCUCAACAAAAACUUUUAAUCAAAAAGAAGAUGAAACUGCUACAAUAACAAAAGAUUCAGAUAAAAAUUCUAAUUCUAAACCUCUUUCUCUCUGCAAUAACAAUAAUCAUAAUUGUUAUCAACUUCUACCAUCAUCCUCCAAUUAUGAUUACGACGUGAUUAUUGAUAACAUUAAAAAUCAAAUAUUUUUAAUUGAAGAAUUAUUUCAAAAAGAAAAAAUUCGUUACGAAACAAGAUUUAAUUAUUUGGAUUCAAUAAUUGAUUUAUUUCUUCAAAUGCAAAAUCAAUUAAACAAAAUGAAAUUGUAA